GGAUGGGAACUCCUGCCUCUCCCAGAUGCAUGGCUGGGCUCCACUGCAGGUGCUACAUGGCGACUCCGACAUCCUCUUCCCUGUCAGCGGAGUGGGCUCCUGCAGCCCGGCAGAUGCUACCCUCGGAAGCCUGGAGAAUGGGACAGGACCAGAGGACCACGUUCUCCCAGAGCCUGGACUUGGUGUGGAAGCCAGUUCUCCAGGCCAAGGAAGUCCCCUGAGCAGCUUGUUACCUUCUGCUUCAGUGCCAGAGUCUAUGACAAUUAAUGAGCUGCGACAAGCCAUUGUGGCCAUGAUGAACAGGAAGGAUGAGCUGGAAGAGGAGCACAGAUCACUGCGGAACCUGCUUGAUGGUGAGAUGGAGCACUCGGCUGCACUCCGGCAAGAGGUCGACACCUUGAAAAAGAAGCUGGCAGAGCAGGAGGAGCGGCACGGCAUGAAGGUCCAGGCCUUGGCAAGAGGUGGAGAAGCGCAGGAGGUGGUGAGUGAGGGAGAGAAGAAGUUUACCAUAGAGAAGGGCAAGGACAUCCUGAAGCUUCCACUUGAGGACUGCCACUAUGCUGUCUAUGCCACUACCUAUGAUGCCAAGGAGAGCAAGAAGGAGGGCCCAGUGUUUAUCUUUUUGGGCCCUGAGUCUGCAUCCCUUAAGAGCAAAAUGAUUUAUGCCAGCUCCAAGGGCACCAUCAAGAAGAAGCUUACAGGGAUCAAGCACAAAUUACAAGCAAACUGCUGA